UUGUCUCUACUUGGAUGUACAUAUAUAUAUAUACAUAUAUGAUGGACAAAGUUAAUUUAGUUGCCAAAACUGACGUUUGCAGUGGCUGUUUGUUUGUGUUGAUGAUCACAGAUUUCAUUAAAGAUGGCGGUUUUUGCUGGCACCAGCUAGUCCAGAAGGCGAUAUACAGCUGAGUCGACCGAUUCGUAUUGAAAACUAAGGCAUUAAGCAACAUUAGAUGGAUAGUGUUGGUUGGGAUGACAUUGAAGAGAACUUCAUGGCUGCCUCCAACUCCUCAAAUUGCCUCUCCAAUGGCGGCAUCUUCUACCCAAUCCAUCCCAAUUCAAGUUCCCAAAUGGUUCAGCAGCUGCCGCAGGCGACGGAGCUGGAGCCCCGAGAAGCCAUAAGGGUGGCUGCCGAAUUUUGCCCUUCUCCUCUGAUCAACAUCAACUCGUCACUGGAUGGCCUCAUGGCUGCUGGCCUUUGCUUGCCGGAAAAACUAACCAAAGCUUCAUCAUCAACAGGCUCUCUAGAGUCACUUGAUUGCUUGAUUUCGGCAACCAACAGCAACACAGACACCUCAGUGGAAGAUGAUGGGGUCUCCAUGAUUCUUUCAGAGCCCAAAAACUUGUGGAACUUUGGCUCCAUUACUAACAACAAUAAUAUUGGUGCCAAGAGAAGAAAUGCUGCUGAUCAUCCAAGUGAAUUCAAGUUUGGAGGUAACUGGUCUUACUUCGAUUGGAACAAUAUCGGUUUCCAGCUGAUUUCAGAGAACAAUCCACCGAAACCGAAGAAACCCAGAUCGGAGAAGCUGGGUCCGAGCUCGUCAAACAUCAGUUUCCAGCAGCCGAGUUCGUCGGUGUCGUCGGUGGAGGAGCCGGAUUCGGAAGCCAUUGCACAGAUGAAGGAGAUGAUCUACCGGGCGGCGGUUUUCCGGCCGGUGAACUUGGGGGCGGAGCUGAUGGAGAAGCCCAAGAGGAAGAACGUGAAGAUAUCAAGCGACCCACAGACGGUGGCUGCGAGGCUGAGGCGGGAGAGGAUCAGUGAGAGGAUUAGGGUUUUGCAGAGGCUGGUUCCCGGCGGGAGCAAGAUGGACACUGCAUCAAUGCUUGAUGAGGCUGCAAAUUAUCUCAAGUUCCUCAGGUCACAAGUCAAAGCCCUCGAAACCCUAGGCCAAGCUUCACCACCAUAUCCAUUAAACACCUUCCAGAUUCAGCCCCAUUUUCCACUUCUCCAAACAGCUCCUAACCCGAUUCACCACCCCGAGAAGUACUGACUCCAGGGUGGCCAUUUUUACAGAGUGAAAACUGUUACUUGCAUAUCGUAAUUUUGUUAGAAAAAGACAAAGACCUUCAAAUCCGACCGUACAAGUCUUUUUUUAACACCUAUAUAUAAUGUGUAAGUCUCAAUUUUCACUAGACGAGUACUAUGGCGACCCUAAAUUAAAACCCAUAAAGCAAAACCUCGCCCUUAUCCAAGAACAUUCAGCCACCCAAAACCCUAAAACUUGCAGUGCCAUGCCAUCAUAACCUCUAUCAUCAGGUCAUCAUCAAGAGCAGAAGACGAGCAUCACUAAUAGCAUAACAUGUUUUAAUCAUAGUUAACUUUGUGAUUGUAGCAGAAAUUAAUCAGUGGUGGCGGUAAUUAUGCCCCUAUGAUUAAUUGAGAUCAAGGGCUGGAAAAGCCAGUGUCGGUUCAUAACUUUUGUUUAACAAUACUUUUGAAUUAAUGUCAGU